AUGACCGACACCCGGCGGCGGGUGAAGGUUUACACGCUCAACGAGGACCGGCAGUGGGACGACCGGGGCACCGGGCAUGUGUCGUCCGGCUACGUGGAGCGGCUGAAGGGCAUGUCCCUGCUUGUCAGGGCCGAGAGCGACGGCUCUCUACUUUUAGAAUCCAAAAUAAAUCCUAACACUGCAUACCAGAAACAACAGGAUACUUUGAUUGUGUGGUCCGAAGCUGAAAAUUAUGAUUUGGCCCUUAGCUUUCAAGAAAAAGCUGGAUGUGAUGAAAUUUGGGAGAAAAUAUGUCAGGUUCAAGGAAAGGACCCUUCAGUGGACAUCACUCAGGACCUUGUAGAUGAAUCUGAAGAGGAGCGUUUCGAUGAUAUGUCAUCGCCAGGUUUAGAAUUACCAUCUUGUGAAUUAAGUCGCCUUGAGGAAAUUGCAGAACUUGUGGCAUCAUCUUUACCGUCCCCCCUGCGUCGUGAAAAACUUGCACUAGCACUGGAAAAUGAGGGUUACAUUAAAAAGCUUUUAGAGCUUUUUCAUGUAUGUGAGGAUUUGGAAAAUAUUGAAGGACUGCACCACUUGUAUGAAAUUAUCAAAGGCAUCUUUCUCUUGAAUCGAACUGCUCUUUUUGAAGUUAUGUUCUCUGAGGAAUGUAUAAUGGAUGUCAUUGGAUGCUUAGAAUAUGAUCCUGCUUUAUCACAACCACGAAAACACAGGGAAUUUCUAACAAAAACAGCCAAGUUUAAAGAAGUGAUUCCCAUAUCAGAUCCUGAGCUGAAACAAAAAAUUCAUCAGACAUACAGAGUCCAGUAUAUACAAGAUAUGGUUCUACCUACCCCGUCAGUCUUCGAAGAAAAUAUGUUAUCAACACUUCACUCCUUCAUUUUUUUCAAUAAGGUAGAAAUUGUUGGUAUGUUACAGGAAGAUGAAAAAUUUCUGACAGAUUUGUUUGCACAACUAACAGACGAAGCAACAGAUGAGGAAAAAAGACAGGAAUUGGUUAACUUUUUAAAAGAAUUUUGUGCGUUUUCCCAAACACUGCAACCUCAAAAUAGAGAUGCUUUUUUCAAGACUUUGUCAAACAUGGGCAUAUUACCAGCUUUGGAGGUCAUCCUUGGCAUGGAUGAUACACAGGUGCGAAGUGCUGCUACUGAUAUAUUCUCAUACUUGGUUGAAUAUAAUCCAUCCAUGGUACGAGAGUUUGUCAUGCAGGAGGCACAGCAAAAUGAUGAUGAUAUUUUACUCAUCAACCUCAUUAUAGAACAUAUGAUUUGUGAUACAGACCCUGAACUUGGAGGAGCAGUCCAACUUAUGGGCCUGCUUCGAACUUUAGUUGACCCAGAGAACAUGUUAGCUACUGCCAAUAAAACAGAAAAGACUGAAUUUCUGGGUUUCUUCUACAAACACUGUAUGCAUGUCCUCACUGCUCCUUUACUGGCAAAUACAACAGAAGACAAACCUAGCAAAGAUGAUUUUCAAACUGCCCAGUUGUUGGCACUUGUGUUGGAAUUGUUAACAUUUUGUGUGGAGCACCAUACCUACCACAUAAAGAACUACAUUAUUAAUAAGGACAUCCUGCGGAGAGUGCUAGUUCUCAUGGCUUCGAAGCAUGCUUUCUUGGCAUUAUGUGCUCUUCGUUUUAAGAGAAAGAUUAUUGGAUUAAAAGAUGAGUUUUAUAACCGCUACAUAAUGAAAAGUUUUUUGUUUGAACCAGUAGUCAAAGCAUUUCUCAACAAUGGAUCCCGCUACAACCUGAUGAACUCUGCUAUCAUAGAGAUGUUCGAAUUCAUUCGAGUGGAAGAUAUAAAGUCAUUGACUGCUCAUGUCAUUGAAAAUUACUGGAAAGCACUGGAAGAUGUAGAUUAUGUGCAGACAUUUAAAGGGUUAAAAUUGAGAUUUGAACAACAAAGAGAAAGGCAAGAUAAUCCCAAACUUGACAGUAUGCGUUCCAUUUUGAGGAACCACAGGUACCGAAGAGAUGCCAGAACACUCGAAGACGAAGAAGAGAUGUGGUUCAACACAGACGAAGAUGACAUGGAGGAUGGAGAAGCUGUGGUGUCUCCGUCUGACAAAACUAAAAACGAUGACGACAUUAUGGAUCCAAUAAGUAAAUUCAUGGAAAGGAAGAAAUUAAAAGAAAGUGAGGAAAAGGAGGUGCUUCUGAAAACAAACCUUUCUGGCCGGCAGAGCCCAAGUUUCAAGCUUUCCCUCUCGAGUGGGACAAAGACGACCCUCACCAGCCAGUCACCUGCAGCAACUCUGCCGGGUUCUCCGGGCUCGCCUGGGUCCCCGGGAUCUCCGGGCUCGCCUGGGUCCGUCCCUAAAAACACAUCUCAGACGGCAGCUAUUACUACCAAGGGAGGCCUUGUGGGUCUGGUAGAUUAUCCUGAUGAUGAUGAAGACGAUGAUGAGGAUGAAGACAAGGAAGACACGCUACCAUUGUCAAAGAAAGCAAAGUUUGAGUCAUAAUAAUGGCAACUGCCUACAAUCAGUACCUGUAGAAAAACUGGUUCUCUGCCCCUACCCCCUACAAAAUCCACAACAAAGCAGUGGUCUCUUGUGAAUGACUGACACAGAUCAGCCUCACAUACUUGACUUCUGCUCAUCAAGUGCCAAUUCAGCGGAGCAGGAGGAGGGGAUACUACACAUUAGGGGAAAGACAUAAGCCUUUGAGCUCUCCAGCUUGGACCACACAUUGCCCUUUUCUCAGGGAAGGAAAUGGAAACAUAAAGCCAACAGGGCAGGGGUUUUCUAAGUGGAUUGACUGGUCAGUUGCUACAAUCAAUAUGCUUUCUCGGACCAUGUUUGGGACUCACAAGAAUAGGCUUUUUGGCCAUAAUUCUUAACUAGUUAAGAAUGCCAGCAGUUUCUUUGUAUAAGAGACCUGCCUUUAAAAUCGUACAUUCUGAACAUUUUAGUCAAACUACAACAGGUUUGGAAAACCUAUGGGGGAGGGGCGAAUAUAAAGUUUCCUCUUUUUUAUCUGUUCCCUUUGCCCUUCGAACUGCAGAUUUUUUUUAAAGUGGGGCUUUGUCCCUGCUUUAUUAAAGAUUGAGUGGAAUUCUAGAUGUGGUCAUUUGUGUCAUAAUUUUUUUUUGUUUCAUUUUGUUUCCGAUUUUUUUCUCCCCUGAGUGUAUGCUUAGUUGAAUAUAUAUAUUUGGGACCAUUAAAACUUUUUUUGAUGUAAUAUAACUUAACGUUGUGCUGGUACCUGUUUUACCAUGUGUAAUUUUUGUUCUACAUCACAGUUCUUAAUUUGUUUAGAGUUUUAUGAAAGAUGGUAUAGUUUUUAUUGACAGAAGCAGAGUAAUCUUACAAC